AUGGACAUGCCGGGCGAGGGAAACUGGAAAAAUGGGUUUCAGGGCUCAAGCAAAUACGUCCUGCAUACGCUCAUGUGCAUUGCAAAGCGUUGCAGCACACUCGAUUUUAUGGCCAUUUUAGAGGUCAUUAUGACAGACCCCUCCUCUCGCCCUUCUCCCCUAAAUCCCUCGUCUUCUGCCCAAUCCUCCCCUCCAAUCCCAUCGCCCUCCCCACAACACUGCUCCUUGCCCAUGCACACAUGCACACACCGUCGGUCCGAGGCGCAGGCAAGCGCGGCCAACCGGCGUGCGCAGACCAUCGAGGACACCUCCAAACGUACAUUCGUACAUGUCCGCCCGUCUGAGAAGGAAGAGGUGGGGCUCUGGGCCUCGCGAUGCCUCGCCCUGUUACACACGAGACCGAUCCAGCAUAACAAUAAACGCGGCUUCGAUUUGGGCGAAUACACACCGCUAACCCAUUGGCAAGGGGGAUCCGGUAGCCAGGCCGUCCGGCCGACAAGUACACACGGCCCAAUGCCCAUACCGAUGGCCAGCUUUUUACCCUCGGUCCGGGUUUCACACGAGUCUGGACUAGCGUACGCAGACACAGAUGCCAAAAUGGACUGCCGAAAAAGACGCGCGUCUUGUUAA